AAACCUUUGGGAAUAGGGUAAGAUUUGACAGCAACCGCCAGUUUCCCUAUUGCGGGGUUUUACUGUAAUAAUAAGCCUUUGGCCGGCGUAACGGCUUCCUCAGUCUCCGGACCUCCUACUAACCUUCUCCCCACCAUCGAUUCUCCCCAUCUCGCCGCAAUCUUCAUGCGUGGCCCUCUGCCAAACCGGCCGACGUACGCAGAGCGACUGCACAGAAUUGGUCGUCGCCCCCCACGCCCAGCUCAACCGUUCUAGUAUUUCCCCUCCGUCCUCGGCUCGCCAUGGCAUCGUUUAUCAACCUUAGCUUGCAGGGGACCGUCUAUUUUGCUGCACGUCGUUUUGGCGAAGACGAUGCUAUGCUGCUGCACUUGUAUUCGAGCAGGCUUGUGGGCGCCGCAAGAGAAUCCACCUUUGAUGUUUUGGACUCGCGCAUUGCUCCCGGUCGAGUUUGGCAUCAGCAGGACGACGUCGUUACGCCAUUUAACGACCGCCGAUGGAGUCACGUUAGAGCCGUCUGGACCUUUGACCUUGAUGGCGAUAUUCUGCGAUUGGACAAGAAAGAUCGCAACCUUUGGGUUCCUCUUGAACUUGUUCGCCAGCGUUUCAUAACCAUCUCCGAUUUCAAGCCUUACGAACCACCGCCGACACUCGCCAAACACGCCUUACAAUCCGUCCACCCAGCGCCGUGCUGGAGAAUGAGACGCAAGAAGAUCGACCUGCAGCGCCUAGAGCGGCGCAAGGCUUUCGUCUCCAGGAUACUGGCCGACUUUGCGUUCCAGUGGAGGCACGCUUGCCUAUGCAUCGUCCGGAUUGUCACCCUGGACUUUAGCGUCGAAGAAGCAACGCUGCCACGCCAGGGCAACCGCGACUUCCUGGUCUGGAUAGAUAACCUCCCAGAGUGGGACUUUGCAACUGGCCACAUCGUCAGGGCCGGUGGGACGUCGAUCGUCAUAUGCCAGCAUGCUCCGCACGCCAUCACGCUGGUCCGAAAUGAUUUUGCGAAGCAGAUCCAGUCCAAUCCCGCUUCGGCAGACAAAAGUCUCACUUACCUCAUACUCUCGGUGUGGGAGGUUAUCCUGUAUCGGAUAAACAGCGAGCUCAAAAGAUACCAAGGACUCAAGCGUCUAUUCGAAAGAUACACGGAACCCAAGCGUCUAUUCGAUGGGACGCAUCCUCCUUCUGACGAAGCCAUCGAGCUCCUUCUCCCAGCCACGCAGACCAGCAUCCCCAUGGCUCCUCUUCGCAGGCUCCCCGUUGAGCUGCAGGAUGCGAUCCUUGCCAAGGUAUCAGCGGGACCAAUUGAGAGCGCUAGAGUUGGCUGUCUGCUUGACGCUGGGUCAGUUUUUACAUGGAGGUGCGGCAACCGAAACAUUGAAAGGGAAGAAGGCCGUCGGUCUAGAACGCCUUGGACUCCUGUGGAGUCGCAUAUUUUCUUCGGUGGCUACCCCAGUGGUAUAGCAUACAGAUAA